AUGACGCUGGCGGAGUCCUUCAAGUUCAACAACGGACUGACUGUUCCAGCCGUGGGGCUGGGGACCUGGCAAUCUAAGCCAAACGAGGUGAAGAACGCUGUCGAGCUUGCCCUCAAGUCAGGUUAUCGCCAUGUUGAUGCCGCGGCUGUGUACGAUAACGAGAAGGAAGUGGGUGAAGGUAUCAAAGCCUCUGGCAUCCCCCGAAAAGACAUUUUCUUGACCAGCAAGCUCUGGAAUACCCACCAUAAGGGCGAAGAUGUCGAGAAGGCGGUAGACAUAAGCUUGGCAGAUCUCCAAACUGACUACCUUGACCUUUAUCUUAUUCAUUGGCCGGUGUCAUUCCGCCGCAUUAAUGAUACUGAGCGGUUCCCUAUCGAUGAGAAGACAUUUGGCGCUGAUGUCAUUGAUGUUCCGAUAAUUGAGACAUGGAGAGCGAUGGAAGCCUUGGUGAAGAAAGGUAAAAUCAGGACCAUCGGUGUUUCAAACUUCUCGAUCGCAAAGAUCAACGAGAUCUGGGAUGCCGCCGAAAUCAAGCCAGCAGUGAAUCAGGUCGAGCUUCACCCUUACUUUGCACAACCAGAGUUGGUCAAGUGGUGCCAGGACAAGGGUAUUGUUGUUGAGGCCUACUCUCCACUUGGAAACAAUAUUUACAGCCUGCCAAUGGCCAUUGAGGACCCAACAGUGAUCCAACUGGCAGAGAAACUUGGCAAGACGCCUGGUCAGGUUGUACUCAGCUGGGUUGUGCAGCGCGGCAUUGUUGUCCUCACAAAAUCGGUCACUCCAUCACGAAUUAAGUCAAACUUGGAGGUAUUCGAGCUGCCUGCGGACGCCCUUGAAAAAGUCAACUCGCUUGACCGCAACCACCGGUACAAUUUGCCCGCGAGAUUAGGAGUGGACAUUUUUGGAGACGCAAAGCCUGAAGUGAUCGAAAAGGCGGUGGCCGAGUUCAAGAAGAAGAACAGACAAGCGCGUGGACUGGAGGCAUAG